UUCCUCCAUAAUAUCUUGUCAACCUAUUUACUCAAAAAAUAGAGGACUUUCGAGUCAUUUCUAAUUUGACAUUAGUGAAAUAAAUAUAAAAAUGUCAUACUUCAAAAUAAAGUUGCGCAUCAUCUUCUGUAUCCAUACUGUAUAGUUGCACUUUCCUUGAAUCUAUGAUGGACUAUUUGUUGUGUAAUUGUACCAGUGAAUGCAGCGUUUUCAUUGAACAGCUGUAUGACUCAUAGUGUUCAUGUACUUUAAAAAAAAUAAAAAAGCCAAGUGGAAGUGGGGGACGGAUGAUUUAAACCCUUAAAACGACACCCCUUAAAGAAUAUUCAUAUAAGACACUGAUGCUGACCAUUUAAAUGUGCUAUUUGGCCACAAAAUCAUCGAGACUAUCCAAGUGCGUCAUAUAACUUGAGCCAGUGCAAAACACAUAAUACAUAACAAUCUUCUAGAAUCUAGUCAUGAUUUCACUUUAUUAGUUUUAAUUUUAUUUAGAUGUGUGAAGUAAAUAAUAAUAUGCUGCUAACAGUGCUCAUAAAAUAGACGGCAAUUGUCUUUACAUCAGCAGAAAAAAAUAAUUGAAUGGAGUUUUUUUUACGUAUACAUUGGUCAAUAAUGACAUGUUAAAGGGUGCAUUAUUUUCUGCUACUUCAUCAAGAUUCCAUUUUUAGUUUACAGUAGUACUGACAGGGAUCAUCUUUGACCUUGUCAAUAAAACGCAUCAGUUCGUGUAAUGUAAACACAACCCAUCCCCCACCACACAUUCCAUUUGUGCCACUUAACUCAAGCGUGGCAACGCAAGUGUAUAUAGGGACAGUAAAUUUUUAAAUUUCUCUUUAGUAUUCAAGUAAUAUAGAUUAUCAUAAUACAACCGCAACACAAUAAUGUAGGAUUUCACAUUAUUCACCAAAUUUCACAGCAUUCCCCUCCUCAAUCACCUUUAUGUACUCUCACAAAUGUGUCUUAGUAGCUUUUGAUAUGGUUUUGACGUUGAUUGCUGAAAUUGACAUUGGCCUUGAAGCGUGAACGAGUGAAUGAGUCAUCCCACAAAUAAUGAAGCCUCAAUACAGUGCAAUGCUCUCGCCUCAAAACAGCCCGAAUAAAAGCACCUCAUUAUGCACAGAUGCCCUCGAGUGUAUAAACCGCAUCACAUGAUUAGAUUCAUCACCGCCACUUCACAGGAGAAGGGCUUGUAGAGGGCCAGCGCAGACGACAUUCACCAUUUUACCUCAACGCUGCAUCUUGCCGGGAAAACGUCUUAAUCAUUUCAAGGAGCGAAUGUAUGACGGAUGAAAUUGUCUUGUUUACAUAUGUACCUGUAUACACUGUAAAGUAUACCUUGUAAUGGCUGGUAAAGCAACUUCCAAACAGCAGGGUAACAAUUUGGGGGGGGGAAAAAAGCAAAACGGUAACAAGUGGUUAGCUAUACACUGCCUCCUGGCCUGUAUCGAACUGCCCUUGAGCGAGGCGGUAAAUAGUAUUUCGUAAGUGCAUACUACAUUAUUGGAAGAUUUUUCACUGAAUGAAUGUCCCGUCCCUUCAAAUUUGAUAGGUAGAUUGACAGAUAUGAGAUGAAAAGUCUACACACCCCUGUUCAAUUGCCGGGUUUUUGUGAUAUAUAAAAAUGGAACAAAGAUAAGUCAUUGUCAAACGUUUUUCCGCCAUUAAUGUGACCUACAACAUCCAUCCACCCAUUUUCGAAUCCGCUUAUCCUCACAAGGGUCUUGGACGUGCUGGCUCUUAUCCCAACUGUCUUCGGGCAGAAGGCGGAGUACACCCUGAAUUGGUUGCCAGCCAAAGACGAACGACCAUUCGCGCUCACAAUCACACCGAGUAGAGGAUCCCAGCUUUCGACAACAUCCUAGAAAGAUGCGUUAGCUUCAAUUUAGAAUGCAUAUUUGUGCUCUGUGAUUGACUGGCGACCAGUCCACGGUGACCCAUCUCCUGCUCACAGUUAGAUGGGAGAGGCCCCAGCUCAGCCGUUGACCUUGGCAAGGAUGACGGAGCGUCCCACCGAGAAACGAUUCCAUCACUUGACCUUGGAGCAACUCCAGGCUUUGGAUAAAGUCCUGACCGAGGUCAUUCCCAUCCACGGGCGAGGGAAUUUUCCGACACUGCAGGUGAGUGCCAAAGACAUCAUUCGUGUGGUGAAGGAUCGACUUGUAGAAAAAAACAUCCAGGUGAAGGAUAUACGCCUCAACGGAGCCACAGCCAGCCACGUCCUGGUGAGGGACAAUGGUCUGGACGUCAGGGACUUAGACAUUAUUUUCGGAGUAGAUUUGCCCAAGCAGGAGGACUUCCAGGUGAUCAAGGAAGUGGUGCUGAGCAGCCUGAGGGACCUCCUCCCAUGUGGCGUGAACAGACGCAAGCUCACCUGCCUCACCAUGAAAGAAGCUUACGUGCAAAAGAUGGUCAAAGUGUUCAACGAGCAUGACAGGUGGAGCCUCAUCUCCCUGUCCAACAACAGAGCCAAAACGCUGGGACUGAGAUUCGUCAGUGCCCUUCGCAGGCAGUUUGAAUUUAGCGUUGACUCCUUCCAGAUCAUCCUGGACCGCAUGCUGGAGUCCUACUGGGAGAACGACAGGAGACAAGGGAGGAAGUUGUCCUCAGAUGCUCAGACGUUGGCCUCAAAAGACAGCGAGGGGGAAAACGAAAAGCCAGCGCAGUCGAACGUCUCAAAAGUCGACUCAAAGAUGGCUUCUGGUGGAGAGGCAGCGCAUCGUCGUGAAGCUGUUGAGGAGACGCAGCUUCUUCAUUCAGAGACGGAAAAGUGUCAGGGACAGGAGGAGUUAGCGCCCGAAGAUGUCGAUUUCAAGCUUCAUCCUCAACAGGAAGAGCCAAAAAUAGGCGCACACUCAGAAGAGGACAUCAGUUUUGAGCUAAGGGAUGACAAAGAAGCGCUUUCGAAGGGAUCUGCUGUGGCUUCAUCUCCUCCAGCGUGUGCAUGUUUAAAGCUGCAGGUUCGAGAUGAGGCCUCUCGUUCGCGUAUCUCGAUUACGGCACUGGUCGGGAAAUCCUCCGUGCAGGAUUGUGUCCAAGUGGAAUCCACCGUCCCCGGCCCGCAAGAGCCCCAUCAUGAGUUCUCCUCUCCUCCCCCGGCGAAGAAAACCUGCAGUAUGUCUCCAGAUGUUGUACCAGACUACUGCCCCUCGCCAAAACUACAAAGAAAAAUGUCCCGCAAGAUGAUCUGUAGUCCCGAAAAAUGGUCCUUGCUCACAGACGUGUCGGAUAUGACCGCUCAGCUGUUUGCACCCAUUGACAUACCCACUCAGUUGACGCCUCCCUUGCAAGACGGAUCUCAUGGAACAACUUCCUCACAGAGAAGUUCAACAAGUGUUCUCUGUACAGCUAGCACAUGCCAGGCUGGACCUGAAACCGAUCAGGUUGCUGAACCAACAGUGAAGCCCAAACAUUCCAAGAAGCCUCCAGAUUGUGACAACGGCGACCACACGCAUGAAGAGAAUUUAGGUUUGACUCAGGAUGUCCGUGCAGAAACUCCCCCACUCAGCUGCGAAUUGAGCUCAUGGGAGUCCUCUGUGGUUGUGGAGGCGGAGUGCAUGUACGGUGACUUCACCCAGGCCAUGGAGCACCUUCGGCAACGCCUCAUUGCCACCCACCACCCCGAGGAGAUCCGAGGAGGGGGCCUGCUGAAAUACAGCGACCUCUUGGUGAGGAACUUCCAUCCGGCCAGCGAGACGGAGAUCAAGUCUCUGGAGAGGUACAUGUGCUCCCGUUUCUUCAUCGACUUUCCCGACGUGAAGGAGCAGCAGCGCAAGAUCGAGGCCCACCUGCAUUGCCACUUUACGGGAAGCGAGGAGAGCAGCAAGUACGACUACCUGAUGACUCUGCGACGCGUCAUCGACGAGAGCACCGUGUGCCUGAUGGGCCACGAGAGGAGGCAGACGCUCAACAUGAUCACCGUCCUGGCUCUGAGGGUGCUGGGGGAGCAGAACGCCAUCCCCAAUGCCGCCAACGUCACAUGCUUCUACCAACCGGCCCCUUACAUGAGCGAGCCCAUUUACGGCAGCUACUUCAUCGCGCAGGCCCAGCCCUCACUCGUCUACCACCCCUACCCGGUCCACGUGCACAUGCAAAGUGGCCCGGUGUAGCCACGGCGUUGUGCCGACUGGGAGGCGGGAAGGCAGAUUUCAGCAAGUGCCAACACAGGCACUGAUGCAAGUUUUGAAAACAUGAGGCCCCCCACCCCCAUCCCGGGCACAGUGUCUUUUAAUGCUUUGACGUCCCACCUUGGUCAGGACUCGUGGAGUCCAAAGGCAAAGCAUGUGAGCCUUUCACUUGGUAGAAUUUGGGAAAGGAGAGAAUUUGCAAAGUGGAUUAUGAACACAGAGAGCACAGAGGAGAGCCGAGUAUGGAAAAUGGUUAUGAUGAGUCCCAAACUCCAAUUCAGAUGAAGUUGGGACAUUGAGUAAAACUGAAACCGCAGAAUACAUGACUUACAUAUCCUUUUCAAACUCUAUUCAAGUGAAUACUCCAACAAAGCAAGAUAUUUAAUGUUCAACCUGAUAAAACCUUCUGAAAUAUUGACUCAUUUUGAAUUGAAUGUCUCCAACAUGUUCCAAAAAAGCUGGAACACCCAACGCGUUGACCACUGUGUUCUUUUCAUGUAACUACACGCAAUCAGUGUUUGGGAAUUGCAUACACCAAUUUUUGAAACUUUGCAGGUGGAAUUCUCUCCCAUUCUUGUUCGAUCAAACAACAUCAGUUACUCGAGAGACUCGGGUCUCCGUUAUUGUGUUUUGUGCUUCAUAAUGUGCCGCACAAUUUCAAUGGGAGACACGUCUGGACUGCUGGCAGGCAAGUCUAGGACUAAACAGUGAUGCCCGUUUUUAAUGCAGUGUCGCCUGACGGAUCGAAAGUCGCAGACAUUCAGUGAUGGUUGGCCACUUAAAUGCAGAGAUUUUUCCAGAUUCUCAGACUAUUUUGAUAUUAUUGACCAUAUUCCUAAAUUCGUUAUACCCAAUGAUGAUACUCAAAUGUUUCUAAAUAACUUGUGGGAUAUCCCAGACAGGUGUUUUUGGGCAAUGCUCCUACAGUAGCUUUUUUGGAAUAUGUUGCAGGCAUUAAAUUCAAAAGAGAAUAUUUGCCCCCCAAAAUAAAACAUUCAUCAGUUUGCACUUUGAAAAAAUUAUUAUCUUGUCUUUGUAGCGCAUUCCAUUGAAUAUAGGUUGAAAAGUAUUGCUAGAUAAGAACCACCUC